AUGACCAAACUGCGGAGUUUCGCGGCAUUUGGUCGUGGCGGAUCCAGGAUCUCAAAAAUGGUCAAGGUCUACAAGCCCGGCAAGGUUGCCGUUGUCCUCUCGGGUCGCCAGGCCGGCAAGAAGGUCGUUGUUAUCCAGCAGCGCGACGAGGGCACCAAGGAGCGCCCGUACCCCCACGCCAUUGUUGCCGGCAUUGAGCGCUACCCGCUCAAGGUGACCAAGUCGAUGGGCAAGAAGAAGGUUGCCAAGCGUUCCAAGGUCAAGCCUUUCAUCAAGGUCGUCAACUACGCCCACCUUCUCCCCACCCGUUACGUGCUCGAGCUCGAGAACCUUAAGGGUGCCGUCACCUCGGACACCUUCAAGGAGCCGACCCAGCGUGAGGACUCGAAGAAGGCCAUCAAGAAGGCCUUUGAGGAGCGUUACGCCAAGGGCAACAACCGCUGGUUCUUCUCCAAGCUCCGCUUCUAA